GAAGUUUUUAGGGGAGAUUUUAAAAAAAAAACAGCUUUUGUCUGGCGUUGAACAAGAAUUGGAGUAAACGGAUAGUAGCUUUGUAAUCAGUGCUUGAAUUUAACAUCAGUCCAUCUUGACUGGACAGUAAACUCACGAAAAGCUAAAGACUGCUGUCAUCGGGCCACACAGAACAGAAACAGGCCCUUCAGGAACAGGUCCACGCCGAUCAUUAAAUACUUGUACACUAAUCCCAUUUACCAGCACCCAGGCCUGUACUUUGGCGAUGUCAUUGGACGAGAAAUGGUCAACCAGGCUGUUGGCAGACUUUGUUACGGAAAUAAGGUGAUCCUGGCCCCCAUGGUGCGUGUGGGCACUUUACCAAUGAGAUUACUGGCACUAGACUAUGGAGCAGAUAUUGUAUACUGUGAGGAAUUGAUUGAUUUGAAAAUGUUGCAGUGUAGGAGAGUUGUCAAUGAGGCUCUGGACACAAUAGAUUAUGUUGCAACAGACGAUCGAGUUGUUUUUCGGACCUGUGAAAGAGAAAAGAAUCAUGUUGUCUUCCAAAUGGGUACAGCUGAUGCUCAGAGAGCACUGACAGUUGCACAGCUUGUGGAAAAUGAUGUAGCUGGUAUUGAUGUAAAUAUGGGCUGUCCUAAAGAAUAUUCAACCAAGGGUGGCAUGGGAGUAGCACUGUUAUCCAACCCUGACAAAAUUGAGGCCAUCCUUUCCACUCUAGUUAAAGGAAUCUCAAAGCCAGUGACAUGCAAGAUCCGUAUUUUGCCAUCUCUGGAAGACACCAUUAACCUUGUAAAACGUAUCGAAAGAACAGGAGUUGCAGCUGUGGCAGUCCAUGGAAGAAGGAAGGAAGAAAGGCCACAGCAUCCUGUGCACUGUGAUGUAAUCAAAGCGGUCUCUGAAGCUGUUUCGAUCCCGGUAAUAGCAAAAAAAUUAGAGCAACUCAGCUCCACCUUUAAUGAUACAACAAUUGUAAACGCAAUGCCAAUCAACCUCUUCGGCAUAGAGAAUGAAUUGUUUGAACUGUUUCAUUUCUGCAUGCAUGGAGGAUCUCAGGAGAUUAUCAAAGAUUUUGCAGGCAUUGAAGCAUUCCGCUGGGCAACAAAUGCCUCUUCAGUGAUGGUGGCCCGAGCAGCCAUGUGGAAUCCUUCCAUAUUCAGGAAGGAAGGACUGUUACCAGCAGAGAAGGUGUUAAAGGAAUAUCUCACAUACGCAAUUAGAUAUGACAGCCAUUAUUCAAAUACCAAAUACUGUCUCUGUCAAAUGUUGAGAGAUAAAUUAGAAUCAGCUCAAGGAAAAAAGCUGCAUGCUGCACAAUCAAAUGAGGAGAUUUGUGAGGCUUUUGAAAUGAUCGACUAUUACAAAGAAGUAAUGGCUGACUUGGAGGCAAAGAGAGAUCAGUUGAAUGCAAAAGAUCAAGGGAAAUCAGAACAACAACCUGAAGAUAUGGAACACACUGAUGCCAUACAAAUGGCUGUCAGGUUCAACAAGCGUGAGUACCCACCUCAAAUCACACCCAAGAUGAUAUUACUUGAAUGGUGUCGAAAACAGAAGCUUCCUCAACCAGUGUAUGAGACAGUGCAAAGACCUUCAGAUAGAUUAUUUAAUUCAGUUGUGACAGUGGCAGACCAAAAGUACAGAUCCUCCUAUUGGGAUAAAACAAAGAAAGUAGUGGAACAAUCGACAGCUAUCGUGUGCCUGCGAUCUCUUGGGGUCUCAGAAGGAAAACUGUGUGAGGGGGAAAACCUACUGAAAAACAAACGGAAAAGAGAUGAGACAGGAGUCCCCAAUGGCACAGAAGUGACUGAUACUUCCUCUCUGGACACCAAUAAAAGAAGCAGCCCCUCGUUGACAAAAGUGUAAUAACUGACAUCCCAGCUGUAAUGGAAUAAGCUGGAAUUCUCUGAAGUGGAAUGGCAAAUCAAAAGUUGUUUUAUGUAUUAAUAAAUUGACUUUUAAGUUGUACAUAUAUAUUUAUAUACAUAAAUGGGUAUAUAUUGUCGAAGUAUAUACACGUUUAACCAGCCAAUACUUCUGCCGUGAUCUUUCUUGUGGUCAGUUUCCAUGAACUCCACGGUUGCUGAAAUGUUAUUUUAAUAUGGUGGCCACAUGCCUCGAAAGCAACAGGGACCCUGGUGUGUCAGAGGAACUUUCUGCUGGGGCUAAAGUGUUUGUUUUCUUUCCUACUUGAUUAUGCCUUACACAAAUACCUGCAUAGUGUUUCCAAACCACCAACCCUGCCAGGGUGUACAAUUUAAUGUGGCAUUAGUUCUGCACAGACUGAUCAUUCAAUGGCUUCACUUACCACCUGGAAAUAUUUAUUUAACAUUUAAUUUUACCAUUAGCUGCAUAAUCAAUAACAGACGU